ACCUGGGCAACACAGUGAGACCUUGUCUCAAAAAUAAAAUAAAAUAAUAAUAAAUAAAAAGUUAAUGUCUAACUGUACAGAGUCCAAAACCUUAUCAAUAUUACAUAUUAUAUUAAACAAAGUUACCUUCCGCUAAAGUAUCAGGUGACCAAUAGAUGGGCUAGUAUAACUGUAAAAGCCUUUACGUCCAAGUUUGGAUAGCUUUUCUUUGCCCCUGUGAUGGUAGGGGCUCUGUAUUGGCCAUUUUUUUUGCUAGUUGCGAGGCCCAGAAGUACUGGUGAAUGAAUGAGGAGGCCUACAUCACCUGGCUGUUGUGAGGACAUCAUGAGAUAAUGCUUGCAAACUGCCUGUCAAAGAGUCUGGCACAUAGUGGUUGCUUCAGACAUAGGAGGAGUUAUUAUUAUUGUUAUGCGGCAGCUGGGUGGGGGGAGGGAGCUGGCUAUGACUCAGAGGAGUGGCUGGCCAUGACUCUUGUCAUGGAGGGGCCUCAGGCAGGGUCCUGGGGCCUGUGUGCCUCCAUGCCAUAAUGCUGGCAGAACUGAUAUUUCUCUUUAGGAGUCUCUAUGGGAUACUUGCCUCCGCGAGCACCGUAGGAGCAGUGGCAGCUUGGCUGAUGAGCUAUAAGCCAGCCUUGUUUGGGUUCCUGUUCCUUCUGCUGUUGCUUAGCAACUGGCUGGUCAAGUGUGAACACAAGCUCACCCUCCCAGAGCCUCAGCAGAAGGAGGAAGAGAAACCAAAGACUUCCGAAAAUGACUCCAAGAACGACAAGGCCACGAACACAAAAGAAGUCAAUAGAAUGCAUUCCUGCUUAGCCCUCCAGGACAAGAUCUUCCAACGGCUUUUGUUCAGUGAAAUGAAGCUGAAGGUCCUAGAAAAUCAGAUGUUCAUCAUAUGGAAUAAAAUGAAUCACCACAGGCGGUCAAGCAGACAUGGGAAUUUUCCCAUGAAGAAACACAGAAUGAGGAGGCAUGAGUCCAUUUGCCCCACCCUGUCUGACUGUACUUCCAGCUCCCCCAGCUAAUGAGGCUGAGGCGGGCUGGCCUCUGCUGAUGUUACCUUUUACCUCAGUAAAACCCAGUCAAAGCC